AUGGAAUUUAUUAAUGUAUUUAUUUUUUUAAUUUUCAAUUCGAUUUUAUGGAGUUUAAUUAAUUCUGUUAAAAAUAAUAAUAAUCAAAACGAGGUAGCUAUUGUUUCGGAAACUUCAAAGGGUUUAAAUAAAAUAUUAUAUGAUGGGGCGGAAUCAUUGGGUGCUCCUCAAAUUCAAAAAUAUAAAGAAACGUCAAAACCAUCUUCAUCAACUAAAGAUGAUGAAGAUGAAAAGCUAAAAAUGAAGCAAUAUAAUAAAAAGAGAUACCAAAAAAAGAGGGAAUAUCAUAGAGAAUAUGCUCGAAAUUGGUAUAAAAUGAAUUUAGAGAGAAGCCAAAUUUAUCGCAAAAAUAAUAAAGAAAAAAAGAAAGAAUAUGAUCGAAAAUAUCUUCAAGAUAAUAAAGAAAAAAUGAGAGAAUAUCAACGAAAAUACUAUCUAAAUAAGAAAAAUGAGAAGGAACUUAUAAAAAAUAAUAGAUUAAAAUUGAUAAAUGUUCAAUCUGUUAGUGAAGGAUGUUCAUUUGAUAUUCAACAGACUGAGGAUUGUAGCCAUAAGGUUAAAUUACCAAUUGUCUACGAAGAGGACUUUCAGACUGAAGAAAGAAAUAUUCCUCGAGGGUGGGAAGAAGGCAAUAAUACGGAUAAAGUAGAAAAUUUUGUGGAUGAUCUAAAUCAAAUUGAGGUUGAAGAGCCUAAUAAACUUGGUGAAAAUAACAUUAAUCAAAUAAACUUAAAUGAGUAUCCUUUUGAUCUGAACGAGAAACCUGAGGAGGCUGAAGAAGAUAUUUAA